AUGUCAGCUUCAUAUGAAAAUGAAAAUGAACAGACGAUCCAAACAGCUGAUGUUGUAAUCACUCAUAAUGUUAACUCAAUACAGCACCUCUUGCUUCUUGGAGAGGCAAAAAACGAACUUGGAGAUGGGUCUGGAUGUGCAUACAUCCAAACAUGUGCAUCAUAUACAAAGUUUGUUGGUUCACAGAGCAAUCCAAACAUACGAUAUGGACUUAAUCCUGAUUUUAUUGUGUAUUUUGCUGGGGCCAUGCUUGGCAUAGGAGGUGCAGUUUUUGGGCACACAUUUACAAUGUAUCCUCUUGUUCAUACUUUUCAUUUACUACCUUUGGAGUUCGAUAUUGAUGGAAUGAUUGUUAUUGAAUGUACAUUUUGUGCUCUGAAACAUGGUAUAGAAUCAUUACAACACUACUAUGACAAGUUAGAGCAAGUAAACAUUGAUAAUUUAGAUCAACCAAGAUGUACUAGCUAUCCAUAUUUUGUAAAGAAGUAUGGUGAGGAUGUACACCAUUUUUGUCAUGAGGCAAUGAUAUCACCUAAGCUGGUGGCUGUCAAUACACUUGCAGGAGGUUGGAUGCUAGUAGUUAUGGAAUACCUUUCAGCAGAUAGCUUUAUUUCAUUGUGUGAUGCUUUAUUAACCAAUGUGGAAAAGCAUGAGGCAUUGGAACUGGCUAUUAAUGCAGCAAAAAAAUUACAUAAUGCAGGAUACGUUCAUGGUAAUCUUUGCUCACCAAAUCUUAUGAUAUCUACCAAGGAUAAACGCAUAUGCAUUCUUGACUUUGAUUAUGCAGGGAGAAAAGGAGAAGCAAUGUAUCCUUAUUUUUUGAGCAAAAUAAUACCUUGGCAUAAUGAAGUUAAAGG